AUAAAUGAUUUUAGCGCGAAAUAACACGCGUCAUAAGGCAUUGAAGCUUGAAGCUCGACCUCAUCUUGAACCCCACCAGCUCCCACUAUCCAACCUCCUACAACACCACAACCCCAGUUUCUGAUCUGAGGUACCAUGUCUGAGCUAUACCGAUAAUCCCUAUACUCGAUCAAUCCCUCUGCGAUAAUGUCGAAACAAUUCCUCACUCUCCACACGGUCGACAAGGCCCACCCAACCGACAUCUUUGCCCUCGCAGCGACCCCCACGACGCUCCUCUCCGCCUCCGGGUCCUCCACAAUCCGCAUAUUCGACACGACAGCUCCCGACUUUCCACUCACACAGAGCAUAGAAGGCGCGCAUAAACUGGGUGUACACCACCUAGUCACAAGUAAAGAUGGAAAGGUAGCGGCGAGUGCUGGGUUCGAGGGAACAGUCAAGGUGUGGAGGGAAGAUGAGGCGGGAGUAUGGGGAGAGGUUGGGCUCAUAAAAGACUCCAACAAAGCCGGAGAAAUUUGGGCCAUCGCCCUCUCAGCCGACGGCUCCUACCUUGCCAGUACGACCUAUGACGGCCGCAUCAACGUGUGGGACCUAGGCCAGGCCUCAAUGCCUAAGAUCCGCGAGUAUGAGACCAAGGGUAGUUUCGGGAUGUGUAUAGAUCUGUCCGCAGACGGCCAUUUCACAGCCUCAGGUCACGAAAACGGCAGCGUCUACGUCUUCAACAACGACACGGGACGGAUGCUGCAUUCUCUAGCCGGCCUCACAAAACCAAUCCGCACCCUCUCCUUCUCGCCCGCGAGCAAGCUCCUCGCCGCCGCCGGCGACACCCGCAUCAUCGCCCUCUACGACGUAAGCUCAGGCGAGCAAGUCGCCAAUCUAUCCGGCCACGCAGGGUGGGUGCUGAACCUAGAUUGGAGCGCGACGGGGGAGUGGUUGCUGAGUGGAUCUCAUGAUAGCAAAGCCAAAGUCUGGUCCCUCGAAUCCCGCACCUGCGUCGCCACACACUCUCACGGCGACCAGCCGCUGUGGGCGGUGAAAUGGCUGCCCAAAACCGGACGGAGCGAGCUAUUUGCGCUGGCGGGGGGAGAUGGGAGUGUGGCUUUCUAUCGGGAGGCGGCUGGAGGAUGAAAAGCAGUGCAAUGGUGAAGAUGAUGAGAGAUGAGAUGACGAUACAAGCUGGUGAUGUGGUGGGGAUGAGAUGAGAUGACAGUAAUGGAGGCCAGAAUACGCCACGAGAUGAGCUUACGUGCUUUGACGAUAGAGCUGCGGUUAGUAGCAAUAGGUGGGAUGGUACUCAGCUGCUAGAUUCUGAUCGUUGAACCGGGACAAAAUACCCAUCUUCAGCUCCUCCAGUAUCCAGUUCGUAGUCGAUCGAGUCCGGAAAUGUGGCGAAUUCAAGCAAC